UUUAUUAAUGACUUCAUCAUUGGACAUUGUUGACAUUGACACGGAAAAUCGUGAUCCAGAUUUGACUCCAAAAGUUAUUGCCGAUAAACUCCAUCUUGGUCCAAAAUUUGAAGAAUGGCUGACCAAACAAAAUGGCGACCCUCUUCUGGUGUUGGACUUUGUUGGCGGUGUUUGUUUGAAUCUUGACAACCGGGCGCUGAUUAGAAAUGCUUUAGUCACAUCUGGUGCUGAGGCGACUGAUUUUGGAAAUAUAUUUAAGUUCCAAGACUCGACUGAACUCCGUAAUGCUAAGCGUCGGGUGGAGUUUGCAGUUCCUUGGGCAUUUUACAACUCAACUGAUCUGGAAAAGUGGUAUCGAGGUCCCAACUGUCGAAGUUCGACAUUUUUAGGAAAAUAUUAA